GACGGACAGGGACACGGACGGACAGGGACACGGAGCGGCGGAGCGGAACACACCCCGGGGUGAAGGUUCGGAUGUAUCACCGUCACCGGUCAGGACAGAGGCACGCGCUCCAGCUCUCACACACACGGGCGCGCGAGGGGUCCCGGUUGAGACGGUGAACCUAGCAAUAGAUCUGCUGCCGUGACACACAUCAGAUUCAGAGGAGACAGGAAUUGCAAACAAUUCCAAAGCAAAGAAUUGUGGGACUGUCCUGAACCAAUGCUGCAGAGACCACACCCACACACAACAGACCCCACCCACUGCUGCAUAUCUGCACUCCUAUAGGUUUAUUCUUAACCCAACGUCCUCUUCUUUUUAGUACUUUGUAUCAUCUGCAACAUGAAAGACUUUUCUGAGCUUUUAUUGGCCUAUUGCUUGGUGGGAGUGGCUUCAAUGUUUCUGGAAGUCACCGCCCAUGAUACAAACCCUUUCUCUGUGCAAACAUCAACCACUGACCCCUGCUACAGCGAGUCAGGCUCUGCCCGCUACUGCAUUCCGGAGUUCGUUAAUGCAGCAUUUGGACAGGAAGUGACUGUAUCAAGCUCCUGCGGCCACCGCAGCUGUGACCGCACCCAUCUGACAGAUCUAAACUCCGCCCAGAACCGCACCUGCUGGCAGUCAGAAACGCUUCGGACGAUGCCGUACAAUGUCACACUGACUAUUUCGCUAGGCAAAAAAUUUGAAAUCACAUAUGUUAGCUUACAGUUCUGUUCUGAGAAACCAGAUUCAAUGGCUAUCUAUAAAAGCAUGGACUACGGACGUAGCUGGAUGCCGUUUCAGUUUUAUUCUUCCCAGUGCCGACGAGUUUACGAUUGCCCGAACCGGGCGGAACUCACCAAACUCAAUGAGCAGGAGCCACUGUGCAUGGAAAUGCUCCACAGUGCCGACAUCAACAAUGCCUUCCUUGUGUUCAGCACACUGGAGGGACGACCUUCAAGAUCAAACUUUGUCUCCAGCCCAGUUCUCCAGGAUUGGGUCACAGUCACAGACAUACGCGUGAUCUUUAACCGGCCAAAAAUGAGCAAAGAUAUGCGAGAACCUGCCUACUUUUAUGCGGUGUCAGAUUUCCAGGUGGGGGGCAGGUGUAAGUGCAAUGGCCACGCCCACAAGUGUACCAAGGACAAAGAAGGAAAGAUGGUCUGUGACUGCAAACACAACACAGAAGGACCCGAGUGUGACCGAUGCAAACCCUUCCACUACGACCGUCCAUGGCAGCGUGCCACGUACAAAGAAGCUAAUGAGUGUUUGCCGUGUAACUGUAAUCUACACGCACGACGCUGCAGGUUCAACAUGGAGCUCUAUAAACUCUCCGGGCGAAAGAGUGGAGGUGUGUGCAUGAACUGCAGACACAACACGGCUGGACGUCACUGUCACUACUGCAAAGAGGGCUACUACAGAGACAUGAGCCGGCCAAUCACACACCGCAAAGCCUGCAUAGCAUGUGACUGCCACCCGGUGGGAGCUGCAGGUAAGACGUGUAACCAGACAUCUGGUCAAUGUCAGUGUAAAGACGGCGUGACUGGACUCACCUGUAACCGCUGUGCUAAAGGUUACCAGCAGAGCCGCUCACCUGUUGCCCCCUGCAUUAAGAUUCCUACCAUCGAUCCAACAGCAGUGGUGAGCAGUACAGAGGGACCUGCAGACUGUGAGUCCUACUGCAAGCCAGCCAAAGGCAAUUUGAAGAUCAACACAAAGAAAUACUGCAAGAAAGACUAUGCUGUCCUGGUAAGUGUGUUGGACAUGGAGACGGUGGGUGACUGGGCGAAGUUCUCCAUCAGCUUGGUGUCAGCGUAUAAGAGCCGAGAUCCGCUGAAGAGAGGCGAGAACACACUGUGGGUGCACAUGAAGGACCUGGCGUGUAAAUGUCCACGCAUCCACAUGGGGAAACGCUUCCUCAUCCUGGGCUCGGGUGGGGGAGGAGCCAGCGCAGAGAGGACGGGGCUUACUGCAGACAGAAAUAGCCUAGUGAUACAGUGGAGGGACAUUUGGACUCGACGCCUGCGCAAGUUCCAGCGCAGGGAGAAAAAGGGCAAAUGCAGCGCUGCAGAACACAACCAUGAUGCCUGACCUUUAACCUCUUAUGUGUAGACUGUUGGUCAGCCUUCUGAAGGGACCGUUAAAAAGAAUGAGACUGAUGCAGGAACAACCAUCAUUUCUCACAUACACACACAUAUACACACACAUAUACACACACA